AUGGUGACAGGCAGCGACCAGCAAGUGGGCGUCCGUCCCGAGCUGAUCGGCUGCCUGGCCGCCGCCUGGACGAUCGCUUGGGCAGCGCUGCGCCGGCGUUCGCCGUCGACCGCGCUGGUGCUUCCCAUCGCCAUGGUCGCGAUGUUGGCCGUGGGCACCGCGUGGCUGACCGGUGCCAGCCACGGACUCAAGUACCUGUUCGCGCCUCGCCUCGCCGAGGUCGUGAAGCCGGCGUUGUGGGCGCGCGCCACUGAGCAGGUGCUGCUGGUGCUGGGCCUGGCGCACGGGCCGGCGUUGGUCAACGGAAGCUACUGCCGUGAGCUGCACGACGUGCACAAGCAAGUGGUCCGCCUGGGUAGCACUGUCGUGCACAAAGAAAACACCAACGUUGCACUCGACUAUUCGCGCAAAUCGUGGACGGUGACGACGGUUCUGGCGCUCACCGUAGGCACCGGUCUUCUAUAUGCGAUCAUCGUGUUCUCGUCUCUCGGCUCUCUCGCCUGGCAGCUUGACGCACCCGUCGAACGCGCACUGCAUUCAGGUCAGGGCGCCAUGUUCAUUGCCCUCAACGGGUACUCGGUGCACUGGGCCUACUCAGGCGUCUUCUUCCUGCUCGUACUCAUCGUAGGCGCAAACUCUCAGGCGGCCCUGGUGGAGUCGGCGCUGACCCACUGGGCGGACACGUUCCCGGCGUUGAGUCCACAGAGGCCUUCACUGGCCGUAGCCCACUGCGCAGCCGGUUUCGUAGCCGGCCUGCCGCUGGUGUCACGGCGGGCGGGGCUGCAGCUGCUGCACCUCCUCGACGCCCAGGUGCUCGGUCCCUUGCUGUCGUAUACCGCGCUUUGCGAGGUGAUCGCCGUCGCCUGGUUCUACGGGCUGGAGCACUUCCGCCUCGACGUGCUCCUUAUGCACGGCGAGCCAUGGAGUCCGGCUCUUGAACCGCUGUGGACGUGGUUCUUGCCGGCGCUUCUCUCUUUCGCAUUGGUCGGUGGAUUGUUCAGUGGCGGAUGCGGCGGCGCGGAGGCACCAUGGGAUCUUCCGGAAGCCUGCGCCUCAGCCUGGGUGCUUAUAGCGUUCGGAGCGCUUCAAGUGCCGCUGUGGGCUGCCAGGGCUGCCGCAUCUGUCCGGCGAAGCGCGACAAGCCGGUGCCUGGUGCCGUCGUCCGUGAUGGAGCUGCACCAACUCUCAGCAUCGGACCCCGGACCUGUGGUCGCACAGCCACAUCCAUAGCAUGUGCCAUCUUUUCCUUAUGGCGCUGCGCCGUUCAGUUUCUUUUAAUGUAGUAUAUAUAUUACUGUAGUCACCUAUUAAGGGACGUUUCA